GCCGGGAACAGUUCCACGGUUUGGGCUCCAUGUACUGCCGAGGUGCAGCCGCUGUCAUCCUCACCUACGACGUCACGAGCUGGCAGAGCCUCGGCGAGCUGGAGGAACGCUUCCUGUCCCUGACCGACACCGCCGACCACGACUGCAUCUACGCCUUAGUGGGCAACAAGGCGGAUCUCACCGACCCUAAAGCCCAGCUGGCCCUGGACUCCGAUGGACUCUCUGAGGAGCGAACCGGCGGCGACGAGGAGAGGACAGAACCGCAGGUGCCGCCCGCCUGCACCACGCCUCCAGCUUCCCCCGUGUCCCUCUCUGGUUCGGCACUCCGCAAACAGGUGAGCCGCGAGGAUGCGAUGGCGCUUUACGGAAGGAUCCUGCGGUACAAAGGCCUGGACGAGAAGAGCGGACUCCCAGCAGACRAGAUGUGCUUCGAGACCAGCGCCAAGACCGGCUACAACGUGGACGCUCUGUUCGAGACGCUGUUCAAGCUGCUGCUGCCGUCCAUCCUGAGGAAGAGGAACGAGGACAAGGAGUCGCCAACGGUUGUUCUGGAAGAAUCCGGGGGGGCCAGCAGCAAGCGGGGCAAAUCCUGCUGCUAGGACCCAAAACAGGAGCCGARAGGCUUUCACUAUCAAACUCAUUUUUAACAUGUCUGUCCAGAUUCAAACUGAUGACACCCAUGUUUCACCUUAACUGAGACUUGAUAGAAAACGCACACACACAUGCUGUGAAGAGUAUCAGGAAGUGCAAAUAUAAUCAGAGAACUUUAGCUUUUUUUCUGUGAGGAAGGGACAUAUCACUGUAAUAUCUGAAACCUUCCUCAGUAAUGACUGAAACUGCACUUAGUCUGCCAAAGAUGUCUGAAAGAGAGAGAGAGACAGAUUCAAAGAAAAAAAAAAAGACAAUCACCGGUCUUUGUGAAUGUUUUACUCAUGUAAUUUCACUAAUUUAACUGCACUAAUCGUUAGCAGGGUGACACAUUUCGCUGUAAUUUGUUUUAAUCACAUAUCACUUUAUUUUCACCUAAUUGUUUUUUUACUAGCAUUAAAACUGAUCUUUGUAUUCAAACCUCGAGCAAAUAAGUGUCAAAUAUUCUUGUUGAACUUUGUAAAAAGUACUGUCGUAAUAAAGAGUUUUAUUUUGCUGUUGACUUUUUUUUUGUCACAUUUCAAAACAUUUUAUCUUAUAAAACAGUGUUAGAAAAUGAUCAUUUCUGACACAAAGCAGAUUUUUGUAAAAUGGAUUAUUUAGGUUUUAUUGGAUUAUUUUUAAACGGUUGUGUGAUGCAGAACGUUUAACCUACUUUCUAAGCAAAGUAAAAUGCGGUAAUCUGACCCAGAAUCACUGAUCCUGUGUUCACGUUCUGUGUUGGGCUGUCAGUGUAGUUAAAAAAAAAAAAAAA